AUGGACAGGAUCACCAGCGCCCAGCCGCCUCCACCUUGCCUGGGCAAGCUGCCUGCCCUAGACAGCAGCGAAAUGCAGGGGUUGGAUUUUGCUCACAUGUAUCAAGUUUAUAAGCCCAGAAGAGGGUUGAAAAGAGGGGACGACAGUAAGGAGACCUAUAAGUUGCCCCACAGGCUGAUUGAAAAGAAAAGGCGUGACAGGAUUAAUGAAUGCAUUGCCCAGCUGAAAGAUCUUUUACCAGAACAUCUCAAACUUACAACUUUAGGUCACUUGGAAAAGGCCGUUGUUCUUGAACUUACCUUGAAGCAUGUGAAAGCACUAACCAGCCGCAUUGAACAACAACAGCAGCAAAUCAUUGCUCUGCAGAAAGGUUUACAUGCUGAUGAGCUGCCACCAAGGAGCCUUGAGUCUAGCCAGGAGAUGUUUCGAUCUGGUUUCCAGAUGUGUGCCAAAGAAGUGCUGCAAUAUGUGGCAAACCAUGAGUCUAGCAAGGAUCUGAAAUCUUCCCAGCUCAUUAGCCACCUACAAAGAGUCGCCUCCGAAGUUCUUCAGAGCGGAGCCGGCAGAAAAUCUGGAGAGGCUGUUCCUAAAUUGGUGGACUUGAAGGAAAAUUCCGGCUCCUUGACCAAAGCAGCUGAGGCACACGGGAGAAACUGCGUGCCAGUGAUUCAGAGGACUUUUGCCCAUUCCAGCGGAGAACAAAGUGGCAGUGACACAGACACGGACAGUGGAUAUGGGGGAGAGCUGGAAAAAAGUGACUCCAAAUCUGACCUUCAGUAUUUCAAGAAGGAUGCUGAGCUCAAAUACUCUGUCCAAGAAAGACUCAGUUCUAUCAAACAGGAAGACGAGGACCCCCCUGCCAAAAGGACCAGGAUGGAGACGUCAGAGGAUGAUGGCCGUUUUAGUAACGAUGUCCUCGGCUCCCCAAGCAGUUUCUUGGGCCCUCACCAGCCUCCUCUGUGCCUGCCUUUGUAUUUGAUCCCACCCUCUGCAACAGCAUACCUGCCUAUGUUGGAGAAGUGUUGGUAUCCAGCCUCCAUGCCUCUCUUGUAUCCAAGUCUCCCAGCGUCCACUGCAGCCCUUUCGGGGUUCAUGAACCCUGAUCAAAUCUCUUCUUCUUUACUGAUGUCUCAGCGGCUCCCUUCUCCAGUACCAUCUCAUUCCCCCAUGGACUCCGCUGCUCUGCUUCAUGCCUUGGGGCAGAUGUCUCCUUUGAAUUUGGAAACCAAAGAGUAGAUAGGAGGGAGGGCUUUCUGUUGAGA